CAAUAGCAGGUGCAUCACCGAUGAAUACCUUUAUAGAAAAGUUAAUAUGGAUGUUACGAUGUCUUGGUUGUCCAUUUAUGGGAGUUUUUUAUUCUGUUAACAUAGGAGGCAAAGAAGAAUCUCGUUGCCUAUACUGGCUUCCAGUAGAAUACUUUAUUACAGACGAAGAUAAAGAACCAAAAUACAGACCUGUUGGAUUAUAUUAUAUGAAACCUAGAGAAAAUCAAGAUAUAAAGGUGCAUGUAAAUAGAUGUACAGCGAAAGCGUCAGUUCUAGAAAGACUUUCAUCUGUAAUAUCUAUGUAUUAUAUUUCGGUCGGCAUAUUAGCAGGAAUAUCUAGGACGACCGGAUCGCACACUUGUGAAGAUUGGCCGUAUAUACCAUUAUUAUUGACUUGGACAAUUCCAGCACUCAUAAGAAGAAUAGCUUCUGGAAACUUGGUAGUCAAGGAUCCUAAAGUAGAAUUUAAAGGUUUAACAAUAAGGAUAGUUAAAGACCCGGAUAUUAGAAGACGUAAACAUGUUACCGUUACAUUGUUUGCUUUUAUCUCAAUAGUUCUUCCUUGGCUUACAUUACUUUUAGCCUACUUCACACCCCCGAUUGGAUACGCUUGUCGAAGCAUGUAUGUCACGACAAUCUGUGCCAUAUGGUCAUUUAAUAGCAUUUUAGCUUAUUUAUGGCACUUGAAAGGAGAAAAAGACCUAACUGAUCCUUCAAUAUUACAUG